AUGAGUGAAAUUAUCAAUAUAUCCUACGGCCAGUUCUCUAAUUGUACAACAACACACCUAUACAACUUUCAAGAAUCUCAGGUACCUUAUACAAAAGACGCCAAGCUCAAUCAUCAAUUAUCAACAUUUUUAUACAGGUCAGCAACAUCAACCAAUGGUUCAUCCACAGCCAAUUACUACCCACGAGCACUUCUAUUUGAUCUACGAGGUGGCCUAGGAGCAUUCAACAAAUACGAAUAUGCUGAAGAAGUGCCACAUUUGAACAUGCCUGUAGUCAAUCAACAACCACAAGUAGGCACGCAAUUGCAAAAAAAUGAUUAUCAGAAAAGCUUGGAUCAGGGUAAAACUGAUGGAUCGUUGUUGAAUACGGGAAACACCAAGUAUUGGACCGAUUUCAACAAACUCAUAUACAAUCCAAGAUCGAUACUCACAUUGCCAUCAUAUCAGCACAAAUACAACGAUUUCGGAUCAAAUUAUAACCUACCAGCACAAAAAUUCCAUACUUUUUCAACUGGCCAACACGAAUUCAAAUCGGUUGAAUCUGAAUCGUUGGAAAACUUCCGAUACUGGUUAGAAAAGUGUGACAAUUUGCAGGGACUACAAGUGGGCACCACAAUUGAUGAUUCAUGGAGUGGGUUCACGACAUCAAUGAUUGAGCUUGUUCAAGAUGAGUUUUUCAAUAAUAAGGAAAAUGUAUGGAUUUAUGGACAAUUCAACCAUGCACUACACAGGAAAGGAGAUAAAUUGUCCAUCAUUGAUAAAGUGUCACAAAUAAAGUCGUUUGUUGAACUUUAUAAAUCACUGAGUCUAUUCAUCCCCUUAUCCCCCGAUUACAAUUCAUCAGUGAUUAAUGGCCUAGAUACAAACUCAAUCUGGCAUACCUCAUCUAUCCCUGCCCUUUUCAUUAACCUGAUUUGGGGCAUCAACAAUCAAUACCUUAAUCAGGUGAAUAUGUUACAUAUGCAAGAAAAUCUAUUACGCGGGGAUGAGGCUAAGAAAAUUGUAAACGAAGUCAAGCUUGUUGGUGAAGGCGAUGCCACUGCUGGAAUGAACGGAUUGAUGAUGGAUAUUGACUUGACGAAAGUGCGUGAUUUAUCAACAUUGACUCAGCAUAUCCCCCCACAGGAGAUGAAUUUGGGUGUUUCUAAAUCUUGCGCAAAUGCAAGAUACAUAAACAGAAACUACAUUAUGAACGAUAAGAAGGAACUGGAGGCAAUGGGCUUAUCAUCAUCCAAUGAUGAGGAUACCCCAACAAACAUCUACACAAACCCGUACAUGUCCCAAUUUGCCAAAAUUGACACAUUUCCCAACAUUUUAACAAACAAGCUGAGCAAAUUUCACAUCGAGUUCAAUAUACACAAUGGAAUCAAAGAGUAUCUCAAGACUCGCAAGAUAAUAAUACAAAACUUACGAUUGAACCUCGAUGAUGUGAUUGGAGAUAAAGCGGAGUUGGUCGAGGAUAUAAGUAACAUCAUCCUGAGUUAUUCAUCAGGGUUUGAAUCUGACGACGACGAUUACUACGAUUGA